AUGUCUACUGCCGCACCGCCCUUCAAGCCUUUCAACCUCGCGCUCAUCCAGCUCGGGCAGACAGGCCCAGACAAGUCCGCGAACCUCGCGCACGCGCGCGACCUGAUCCUUGAAGCUGCAAGCGGCGAUGGAGGCGCAAAGCCCAAGCCCGAUGUCAUCGUGCUCCCCGAGUGCUUCAACUCGCCGUACGGCCACGUCCACUUUCCUGUCUACGCCGAGACCAUCGCGUACACCCCCGGCCAGCCCUACGACGUGCACGCGUCCGCGAGCGAGUCCGUCAAGCUGCUCGCGGCGACGGCGCGGGAGGCCGGGGUCUGGCUCAUCGGAGGCUCGAUCCCCGAGCGCGACGCGGCGGACAAGAAGCUCUACAACACGACGACGGUCUACUCGCGCACGGGGGAGCUCGUCGCGAUGCACCGCAAGGUGCACCUGUUCGACAUCGACAUCCCGGGGAAGAUCACGUUCAAGGAGAGCGAAACGCUAACUGGCGGGACGACCAUGAACUACUUUGACACGGAGUUUGCGCGCAUCGGUCUGGGCAUAUGCUACGAUGUGCGGUUUCCCGAGCUGGCGAUGACAUACGCGCGCAAGGGGUGCCAGGUCCUCAUAUACCCCGGGGCGUUCAACCUGACCACCGGGCCGCUACACUGGGAGCUGCUCCAGCGUGCACGGGCGAUCGACAACCAGGUGUUCUUCUCGAUGUGCAGUCCUGCGCGGGACAUGAGCGCGGGGUACCACGCGUGGGGCCAUUCGAUGAUCGUCGAUCCAAUGGGCAAGGUCAUUGCCGAGACGGAGCACGAGGAGGACAUUGUGUACGCGCGCAUCGAUCCGACGGUGUUUGUGGAGGCGCGUGCGGGGAUUCCUGUGACGAAGCAGCGGCGGUUUGAUGUGUACCCCGACGUGAGCAGGGGGCUGUAG